UGGGGUGUGUGAUUAUGCGGUGUGUGUUUAUUGGUGUAGCUGUAGCCGCUGUAUCUGUAUCUGUAGGGUUUACUGUUACACUCGGCGAUGGAGGGGAAUAAGGACGAGGCGGAGCGCUGUAUAGAGAUCGCAGUGAAAGCGAUCAGAAAUAACCAGGCGGAGAAAGCGCGGCGGUUUCUGGAUAAAGCGCAGAGACUCUUCCCAACCGACCGAGCGAGCGUGCUUUUGAAGUCACUUGAGCAGAACGAACAUGCCUCCUCUCAGAACGGCUCUACAGCUGGAACAGAAGCUCCAGAGGACGGGUCUGAACAUCACAGGGCUCCAGAGGACAGAAGCUCAGACUCAGCCAAACCUUACACUACAGAUCAGGUGGAUGCUGUGAAAAGAAUAAAACAGUGUAAAAACUAUUAUGAGAUUCUUGGAGUGCAGAAAGACGCGUCGGAUGAUGACCUUAAAAAAGCGUACAGGAAGCUAGCACUGAAGUUCCAUCCUGAUAAAAACCAUGCACCAGGAGCUACAGAAGCUUUUAAAGCCAUAGGGAACGCAUAUGCGGUGUUGUCUAACCCAGAGAAGAAGCGUCAAUAUGAUCAGUAUGGCGAGGUGAAGAGCAGAGCCGGCAGGCACAGCCAUACGAAUGCAGACUUCCAGCCUGACAUCACUCCAGAGGAUCUCUUUAACAUGUUCUUCGGAGGAGGAUUUCCCUCUAGUAGUGCUGCACACAUGUACAGCAAUGGGCGAACGCGCUUUAGCCAGCAGCACCAGGAGAGAAGAGAGCAGAGAGGAGGUGGCUUGGCUCUCUUGGUCCAGCUUAUGCCCAUCUUCAUACUCGUUAUUGUGUCAGCUCUCAGCCAGAUGAUCAUAACCCACCCUCCCUACAGCCUUUCCUUCACACCGUCAGCGGGUCACACGCAGAAGCGGUUCACGGAGACGCUGCGUGUGCCGUACUAUGUGAACGAGCACUUCGGUCAGGAGUACAGUGGCAUGAGUCUCAGGAAGGUGGAGCGUAACGUGGAGGACGACUACAUCUCCAACCUCCGGAACAACUGCUGGAGAGAGAAACAACACAAGGAAGGUUUACUGUACCGGGCGCGGUACUUUGGGGACAGUGAGCUGUAUAACAGAGCUCAAAGGAUGGGAACUCCCAGCUGCUCUAGACUGUCCGAGGUGCAGGCCUCGCUCCACGGAUACUGAUGCCAUCAAUACAAGAACAGGUCUAAAAAAAAUCUUCCCACUCAUGUCAAAAAGAACGGUGGUACACUGGUAACAGAAAAUCAACAAUCAACCAAAGGAAAUAGACUUCAAACUGACUGCUGGUUUGUGUGCGUACGUAAAUGUAUGUGUGAGUGUGUGAGUGUGUGAGUGUGUGAGUGUGUGAGUGUGUGAGUGUGUGAGUGUGUGAGUGUGUGAGUGUGUGAGUGUGUGAGUGUGUGAGUGUGUGUGAGUGUGUGUGUGUGUGUGAGUGUUAGUUGAAGAGGAUCCAUUACUGUCCGGCAUUAAUAGUCAUAUUACACUGUACGGCUCAGGGUCUUCCCCUGGCUGUCUGAUCCAUAGUUAAACCUGGGCUACGUCUCAAGCAAUGGAUUUUCACUGUUUAUUUUACAACCCAGAUGACUGAAGGAAACUUCAGCCAGAGCGUUCAUUCUACAUGUGUAUUUUGUUGCUAUCCAAUCCAAGUUUCUUGAGGAACCUUUUGAGGUUCUUCAGGUUGAACCUGUGGAGGAACCCCAUAACCAAAAGAGGCAGUGGUUACAUAUGUGUCACAGACCCUUUAAAAUAUUUAAAAUUACGUUUUUUACAGCACUGUGUCCGUCAUUUUAACUCAUGAAUUCCCUAAGUAACAUAUACUGAAUGUCCUGAGAGCAUUAAAACAGGACAGUGUGUAAAUGUGUGUUUUUUCAUCUGACCUUAUUAACAGAAUGUAGGAGUGCUGGGUUAGUGCUGGAGGUAAACCUAGCUUCUUUUAAAAGUGUAUUUUUAGUUUCUACAGCUCUAUUCCAUAAAUAAAAAAAAAUCAAAUUUAUUAUUGAAGGGUUUAGUGGUUCCUAUAACUAGUUCUAACCUGAUUUCUAGAACAAUUCAUUAUUAUUAACUUGUUGUUUCCAUUUAUGUUAUAUUGGGAUUUAAACCCUAAAAUAUUUACAGUUGUCUGCCCACAAUAAGGAACUUUUUUGUCUGAUUCAAUGUUUAAUGGGACUGAGCUCUUAUGGGUUUAGUUGCUUUGAUGCUUUGAUAAACCUUCAGAAAAAGGUUUAUCAAAGCACCGUAUGGGGUUCCUCCACAAGAAACCUCUACUUUUAACAGGGUAGAUCAUGAUCUAGUCGAAUUUUAUUAAUUUAUAAUUGUACAUUUGAGAUGUAUCUAAGCAGGGAGAUUUUAUUGAUUAGGUUAUUUAUGUAUAGUUAAUAAGCUUAAACUGUUGAAGAUUUGCACUCCAUAAUCUUAUCUUGGACACUAGAGUUUAAAGUGGCUGCUGUAUUUAUUUAAAGAUCUGGACUUUUUUGAAGUACCGAGUUUUAUAUUUUUCAACUAUCAUGAAGUCUUUCAUUGCUGACAAAGGCAAUUGUGCAAUGAUUGUUCUGCACAUUGAAAGAACAAUAAAAAUCCUACGUGCCACUCUU